AUGUCUAGUGCUCCUAGAGUUGACUCCAUGAAUAGGGCUGAAUCAGAGAAGAAGCCAACUCUGGGGACUGCUGCUAACAAGCCUGUUCCGUUCAUCACACUCAAAACUGUAUCGAAAUCGCUGAGAAAGCUUGAAAGAUCCAUAUCGAAUGCUUCACCAGCUGAAACUGUGUCUUCUUCUUCUUCUCAGAAGCACAACACUCUUAACGCAGCUUCUGCAUUACGACGGCAUGAGCAGAUCCUAAAUUCUAACCUGUCAAUGAAUGCAUCAUUUUCCUCUGAUGCCUCGAUGGAGUCGUUCCAGAGCCGAGCAUCAACAGGUCGGUUGAUUCGGUCGUACAGUGUUGGAAGUAGAGGUAAGUCUUACCCUGCCAAGCCAAGAAGUGUUGUCUCUGAUGGUGCUUUGGAUUCACAACCAAGUGGUCCAGAGACUAAGAAGAGGUGUGCUUGGGUGACACCAAACUCCGAUCCGUGCUAUACUGUUUUCCAUGAUGAAGAAUGGGGUGUGCCGGUUCACGAUGACAAGAUGUUGUUUGAACUUCUUGUGCUUUCUAUUGCUUUGGCUGAACACACGUGGCCCACGAUUCUGAGCAAGAGGCAGGCCUUCAGGGAAGUUUUUGCUGAUUUUGACCCCAAUGUCAUUGUGAAAAUCAAUGAGAAGAAGCUACUCGGUCCAGGAAGCACCGCGAGCACUUUGUUGUCUGAUCUUAAGCUAAGGGCCGUCUUUGAGAAUGCUCGCCAGAUAUUAAAGGUGAUAGAAGAAUAUGGAUCAUUUGACAAGUAUAUAUGGAGCUUUGUGAAGAACAAGGCGAUUGUGAGCAAGUUCAGAUACCAGCGGCAAGUGCCUGCAAAAACUCCAAAAGCAGAAGUGAUAAGCAAAGAUCUAGUGAGGAGAGGUUUCCGCGGUGUAGGACCAACGGUGGUGUACUCCUUCAUGCAGGCCGCAGGGAUAACAAACGAUCACCUCACCAGCUGCUUCAGGUUCCACCACUGUAUAUUCGGACAAGAAAGGUCUGUCUGA